AUGACACGUAAUGAAAAGAAUGUGAGUUGUGGAACUCAUCAUCUACAACGCCACUUGGAAACUUGUCCAAAGAAGCCUUCAAGUGAAGAUAAGGCUGCAUAUGAUCAGAAGAGAGAUCGUGAGAUGGUUAGUGAGGUAAUCAUUUAUCAUGAUCUUCCAUUCAAAUAUGUCGAAUACGAGAAGGUUAGAGCACGAGACAAGUAUUUGAAUCCAGAGUGUCAGCCCAUUUGUAGACAAACGGUUGCAGCAGAUGUUUAUAAGAGGUAUGAAGUAGAAAAGGAAGAGCUGAAGAAAGUGUUUGCUAGACAUACUGCUCAGGUUUGCUUUACUUCUGAUCUUUGGACAUCUCGUCCUAAUAGCAUGGGAUACAUAUGUCUUACUGCCCACUUCAUAGAUGUUGGCUGGAACUUGCAGAGUAAGAUUCUUGCUUUCUGCGAUUUGAAGCCUCCACACACAGGAGAAGAGAUUGCUAACAAGAUUUUGGAGUGUAUGAUGGAAUGGGAUUUAAAGAAGAAGGUAUUCUCUAUUAACUUAGACAAUGCUAAUAACAAUGAUAGUAUGCAGAGGAUCCUCAAGGGACAGCUUCAGAUGAUGAGUGGUUAUGCUUAUUGUGUGAUGGCAAGAUCAAAGUACCCAACAUCUAGUGUGUACUUCACAGAAGUUUGGAGGAUUGAGAUAUUGCUGAAGCAUUUUGUGAGAUGUGAUGAUUAUGAUUUGAAGCAGGUGGCUAAGGAAAUUUUAAAAACUGAAGAGCUGAGGACUAAUUUGACUAAACUUUAUAAAGAGUAUCAAGUUCGGACUUGGGGCAGUUCUUCUGGUACUUCAUCUACACCAACUCCACAUGAUCUAGUUACUGAAUCACCUCUUGAAGAUGAUUUAGACAAUAGGCUAGAUAGAAGGUCUUUUCGCAAUUUGGAUGUAUUAAUCCAUUGGAGGGAAAACCAAGCUCGAUUUGGUGAUUUGGCGAUGAUGGCGUGUGAUAUACUGAGUAUCCCUAUCACCACAGUAGCAUCUGAAUCAGCUUUCAGUAUUGGAGCUCGGGUGUUAACUCCAUACCGAAGUCGCUUUCUUCCCAAGAAUGUCCAUGCUCGUAACUGGUUGCAAGGAUUUGCAGAGUAUGAAGGUACAAUAGAAGAUGUUGAUGAUAUGUGCAACGAAGAUGCUAGGAAGACUACAAGUACUUCUGGAGUCGAGGGUUCAAGAUCAGAAGAUUCAAAUGGAGAGGGUGUGAGAAUGUGA